CUCAAAAAAGAGACUAACUCCUAUAAUGACACACGCACUUCAACCAAAUCUCCAAAAUUAAGCCAGUAAUAUCUCUCAAAUAGCCCCAAUUUGUUUUCUUUAUUUUAGCUUCUCCGUUCCUCUGCAGCAGGCCACCAGUGAGGCGAGUCGAGUCCACCACCACCACCACCACCAACACCAGACACGCAGUGCUGCUCUCUAGUCCUCUCUUCUUCCACUCCGCUCUUCCCCCGUCGCACGCACGCGCGCUCAUCGGAUUCAGCAGCGUGCCGGCGAGAUCCGGGCCGCCGCAGCACGGUCCGGCAGACGCCGCAAAGAGCGAUCUCGUCGCCGCGGGAGCUGCAUUGGCGCCCCACGCGGCCGUUCCGGCGUUUAUUGGGGGGUUGCGGCGCGGGGUGGAGCUCGUGUCCGGGAUCCGCCAGAUCCGAGCUCGCCGGCGGCGGCAGCAGUGGUGGGGGCCGCCAUGGAGGCCGAGGUGCCGCUCGACUUCGCGCUCUUCCAGCUAUCCCCACGGCGUCAGCGGUGCGAGCUGGUGGUGUGCGGCAAUGGGCGGACGGAGAAGAUCGCGUCAGGGUCGGUGAAGCCGUUCGUGGCGCACCUGCGGGCUGCGGAGGAGCAGGCGUCGGCACAGCCACCGCCGCCGGCCAUCCGGCUGCAGCUGGAGCGGCCCGCCCCGUGGUUUAGCAAGGGCACCCUUGAGAGGUUCGUGCGCUUCGUGAGCACGCCGGAGGUUCUGGAGUUGGCGAACACCUAUGAUUUAGAGAUGUCGCAGCUGGAAGGGGCCAGGAAGAUUUAUGCGCAGGGAGGUACUGGAGAUGCUACCUCAGGUGGAACUGCUGAAAACGCUACAGCCUCAGCGGCGGCGGCGGCAGCAGCAGAUAUUACAAAGAAAGAACUUCUUAGGGCAAUUGAUGUGCGUCUAAGCGCCCUUAAACAAGAUCUGGCCGCAGCUUGUUCUCGAGCAUCCUCUGCUGGGUUCAAUCCAAACAGUGUAUCUGAACUUGUUCUUUUUGCUAACCAUUUUGGUGCCAGUCGGCUGAGCGAAGCAUGCACAAAAUUCAUGUCACUUUGCCAGCGGCAUCCUGACAUCAGUCCUCAAACUACACAGCCAGCAGUUCCACACUGGAAGGUCUUUGACGAUGGGAAUGUCCGCGGUUCUUCCAGUUCAGACAUGUCUAUAGAUGAGCCACAAGUUGAUCUUGGUGAAUCCAACAACAAAUCUACAGUCAGUGGUAGUGGCUCUCAGGUCCACAGACUAAGCAACAGCCAAGGUUUAGAAGCCGCUGCAGAACAGCAACCCAAGCCAACCAUCCAACAGGCAGUAGAUAAACAAGAAGCAGAAACAGAUGCGUCUCCUGCACCUGCUGUAGGAGGGCUUUCAAGGCGGCUGAGUGUGAAGGACAGGAUAAACAUGUUUGAGAGCCAGAAAAAGGAGCAGACUCCAAGUUCUGGUAACAGCAACUCAGCAGGUACUGGUAGGGUGGUUCCAGGGAAAGGUGAGCACCGCAGGGUUCCUUCUGGCGCCUCCAUGGAGAAGUUAGUUAGAAGGUGGAGCAGUGUUAGCGACAUGAGUAUUGAUCUCAGCAACAAUGAGAGCGGUAACUUAAAUGACAAAAAGGAUAAUGGAACUCCUGUCGGGACUCCAACAUCUACUGAUUUGGAGGCCAACUCUAAAGUAAGAGCUAACGAGGAUUCUAAUGGACAGAAGGAUUCAGUCACAUCACACUCUUGGCCUUGUCAAAAGGAUAAUGUACCAAUGGAUCUGGCCACCACAGAUUUGUGCCCACCCUCAACUUUAAAUAAUACACCUGCUCCUCAUAAAGAGAGUAUAUAUGGUGAUGGUGCAGAAAACGACAUGGUUAUAAACUCUAGCAUUGAGAGUGAGUCAUCCUUUGGGAAAGAACCGGGGGUUAUUCAAGGAAACACAAGGAUGUCAAAUCAUGUUACUUCAAAUGUUUCCACUCGAAACCGUCUAAAAUCUUCUGGAAAGCAAGUUGAGGAAGCCUUGCUGAAAAAUAAGGAUAGUUUAACUAGCGCAUCGUCAGAGGAGCAUGUCCGCAUGAUAGAUAAGGAAAUCACAGGUGUUGCUCAUGAAGUACCAGUUGCAAGUGAACAGAUUCCCCAGAAUGAUAUUAGAGGUCUCCAUACAAAAGAUAUUCACACUGAAGCAGAAGUGACUGGAAGGAAGGAUCAGCGUUCACGAUCAUUUGGAAAGGUAUCUGGUGGUGUUAAUCCUAAACCAAAAGCGUCAUCCAAUUCCCGAGCUAAUGUUAAAGGCUCAUCUGGUAGGGAUGAGAUUACCUCUACAGAAACUGAGUUCCGUGAUGUUAGUUUGCAGCGGAAUCGUCUAGUGCGGAAGGCAGAGGAUGUAGGGAGAAAGGUUACAGCUGGUUCUGAUUCAGAUUGUUCUGGUCGUCAGGGAACAAAUUUGAGCAGGCAAUCAUCCAUUACCGAUCAGGAACUAAACUUGCAGGCUAGAGUGAUGAGACCAGGAAAAGGGAACCAAGAUCGGCAUGGUGAAUUGCAAAUGAAGGCAAAUGAGUUGGAGAAAUUAUUUGCUGAACACAAGUUAACAUCCUCCCGACGAGGCAAACCUACAGAUGUGCAGGCUGAUAGCACACCUACGGUGAGUGAGGUAAAGCAGACAAUGGUUCUUCAUGAGACAAUUCAUACAAAACAAGUUGUAAAGGAGAGUGUAACAACCAAUGAUUUUGAUGCCGGUGAGCUUCUGAAGAUGGUUAAUAAUCAAGGAUUUAACAUUAGCACACCACAAAAACUUGGCAUUCUAAGUUUAGAAGAGUCGAGAGGGAAGUUUUAUGAGCAUUAUAUGCAGAAGAGGGACGCAAAACUGAAGGAAGGCUGGAAACUGCAGAGAGAGGAGAAGGAAGCAAUGUUAAAGGCUAUGCAUGAGAGUCUAGAACGGAGCAAGGCCGAGUUGCUAGCUAAAUUCUCUCGGUCUGCUGAUGUCCCUGACUCAACUUAUGUUGCUCAUUGUUCUCAGAAGAUUCUUCCUUCACGAUCAGGAAGAAAAAAUAAGGAUCAGGGGGUUGACUCAUUCUUGGUUGAAGAGGAACUGAAUAGUGACUACCUAUCUGGUGAUGGUUCUUCCAGGAGUGCUGAUUCCAGGAAGCAUUUUUCAAAUAAAGUUGCUUCCACCCAAAAGGCAUCUGCUGGUCCUAUCCAUAAGCGUUCAUCAAGGAUUGCAAGCUCCGGUUAUGCUAAUCGCAGGAAUCCACCAGAAAAUCCUCUAGCACAGUCUGUCCCCAGUUUCUCUGACUUAAGAAAAGAAAAUACAAAGCCUUCACCUGGGCUCAGUAGAGCGACUGCAAGAGUUCAGCAAAAGUCUUUUGCCCGUAGCAAGAGCAUUAUUGAAGAGUCAAAGAGUAUAUUGAAAGAAGAUCAAUCGAGGAGGUCACAAUCUAUGAGGAAGAGCCAAAUUCCUGAUGAGUUGAAGGACAUUUCAUCAGGGAAUGAGGAUAUUUACAAUUGGGCUCCCUCAAGAAUUUCCAAGAACCAAUCGGAGGGAGCUUUUGCUCACAGUGCCCGUCGAGUGGGUCCACCAAAGCCUUUUCUUAGGAAAGGCAAUGGGACUCACCCUGUUAUAGGCAUAGCUGGAUUUCAGGCUGCAGCUGCCAUGAUGGCAAAUGCCCUCCAGCAUGGUGACAGUGGUGAUUUUGAAGAUCAGCAAGAGGAUUCCCCUGAUGAUGCCAAAGAAGAGGAAGAAUAUGAAAGCAUUGAAGAAAAUCUUAGAGAAAGUGACUUUCCUGCUGAUUCUGACAGUGAGAACCCAAGAGUGAGUCAUGAAUUUGGAAAUUCAGAUGACCCAGGGUCAGAAAAUGGUGAUGCUGAUUUUCCAAGUGAAUCCGCAAUUGGUGGUACUAAGUUCACUGCUUUUACAGGAAAUGUUCACAAUCCAACUGGUGAUGUUCCAGCCCCCUGGAGUUCCCGUCUUCCACAGCUGUUCCCUUACACGAAUGAUAAUUCAGAUGGUGACGCUUUCGCCGAUUCACCAUCGGGAAGUCCAUCACCAUGGAAUUCUCAUUCACUUGAUGAAAUAACAGAUGCUGAUGUAUCUCGGAUGCGGAAAAAGUGGGGCAGUGCACAGAUGCCUUUUGCUGGUGUCAAUGCAUCUCAACAGCCACGCAAAGAUGUUUCCAAAGGAUUGAAGAAACUGUGGAAAUUUGGUAGGAAGACGAGAGCCGGUGAUGGUUCAGUGAAUGAUUGGGUAUCUGCUUCCACUGCCUCAGAAUGCGAUGAUGACAUGGAAGAUGGGCGAGAUCUGGUAGUAGGAUCUUCUGAUGAUUUCAGAAAGUCUCGAAUGGGUUAUCUUGCUUCAUAUGAUGGUUUUGUUGAGAAUGAGGUUUUUGCUGAACAAGAACAAUCACUACGCAGCUCCAUUCCGAACCCACCUGCAAAUUUCAGAUUGAGGGAAGAUCAACUGACUGGAAGUUCUCUUAAAGCGCCACGUUCUUUCUUCUCCCUGCCAACAUUCCGAAGCAAGGGAGGUGAUGCCAGGCUCAGGUGAUCCUCAAAAGACGCCAGGGGUGGAGUGUAUAAAAUAUCUUCCGAAGUUAGGUAUGAGUAUCAAAUUUUCAGGGUGGUAUGCAGACGCUGCUAGCUUGUGAUUAUAUAUAUAUUUGUGUAUCUAUGGCAAUUCAUAUAAGCUGCCAGUCGAGCUGUCCAUUGUUGCUGUUUGAUUAUUCUUUUUCUUAAUAUUCUUUACCUCCUGUGUAGAGUUGGACUUAAAGAUGUUUUGCAAUCUGUUCUUUCAACUGGCCUAGAACUUCUGUAUUUUUUCAUUGUUUUUGUGAUAUAUCUGUAUCUCCCUCUCUACUUGUUUCUUGGUUCACAUAUAUCACAAAUUCAAGAUAUAUAGUAAUUUUGCCAAUUAGAGCAUG